CGUUGGCAUUCACAACUCGACUAUACCGACUGCAGUACCACUAUGGUACUACUUUCAAAAAAGUAAGUGCAUAUCUGCACAGACACAAGCGAUUCAUAUUUCAUUCACAGUACGCAAAGCAUAGCAAGAAUACCUAAACCGCGGUACCAAUCGCGGGUUCGCUAAUAAAGCGGGAACUGAAAAGUACCUCAAGUUUUAUUAGAACCAUUAUGUGAUAGUGUCUAAAAACCUAAAGGGACAAGUAGAUACUCUUGGGACUUCCAUCAAUUUCUCAUAGGUAGCCAAAUAGAGUGAUCACCAUCUGACAUCUACCCACCAUGGUUCUAUUGACAAAGAGUCAAUAUGUGGUUAUGCUUGCAAUUUUUUUGCUGCUAUGCAUUAUGGAAAUUCAUGGUAAACCGUCGUUAGGAAGAUUCCGGUUUAGAGGGCCUUUUGCUCGACCAGACGAAUCCAAUGAAAAUUUGAAGCAUUACAGCGGACGAAAAAUUAGCGAUUCUAUGCGAAUGGUGUACUUUCAUGAUCAGACGAUUGCCGUUGUCGAACUCGGACCAAGGAAAUUACUGUUAAACUGCGAAAUUAUUGAAGUUUUUAAACCGGAGCAAUAUUCUGAAGUUCUUGGUAGUUUUGCAAAGAAAGCGCGUCCCGUUGGAAUUACCUUCCUGGAAAUGCUCACGCUGAUGGACCAAUGUAAAGAACUAGAGGAAUAUACAGGGAACAUCAAAAGAGAUACUCGCAAUUCAACAGCUAGCCCAUUUGAGCAAGCAAGAGGAAUUUUGGCUAAUGAUCCUUUCAGUUUAUUCAAAGGAAUUAUACCCGGGACAAAAUGGUGUGGAACAGGUGACAUAGCUCAAAAUUAUUACGACUUAGGAUCCGAACCGACUGUGGAUGUGUGCUGUAGAACCCACGAUUUGUGCCCAGUUAAAGUAAGGGCGCGCUCCCAGAAGUACAACUUGUCCAACAAUUCUAUCUACACAAAAUCACAUUGUGAAUGUGACGAACAUCUUUACAAAUGUUUAAAAAGUCAAACUGAUAUUCCGAUCGCUAAUUUCAUGGGCAAUAUAUACUUCAACAUCGCAGCACUAGAAUGUGUGGAUGACGAAAAGGAAGGAAAUAGAUCAUUCCGAAGUCCUCGUCGCAGGUUUUAGAGUUAAGGUUAAACAAAAUGUACAUAACACGUAACAUAAAUUAUUGCCAAAAUCGUACAAACUGUGAUUUUUUAAUAAAACAUUUUUUACUUAA